ACGCCUGCUGUUUUGGCGUCUGCCCUCUGCCCGUCGCCACUCCCUCCCCCCUCUUCUCACCCCUCUGCACCUCCCCUUUUCUCUCCCUGCUUUUCCUUCCAGUCUGGUUCUUCUGUUGGCUUUGCAGAGGGCUUGGGGAGGGAUCUCGCGAUUGUUGGACUUUUUUUUUUUCGGGGGAUGGUGGGCUGGGGGGGGGAGUUAUUUGGAAGAUGGCGCCCGUUGUUACGAGGAAGUUUGGUGAGCGACCUCUGCGUUUGACAAGGGAAGCUAUGAGGAAUUACUUGAAGCACAAAGAUGAUCAAACAGUGCUCAUACUACAUGCAAAAGUUGCACAAAAGUCAUAUGGCAAUGAAAAAAGGUUUUUCUGCCCUCCACCGUGUGUCUACCUGAUGGGCAGCGGCUGGAAGAAGAAGUUAGAGAAUAUGGAGAAGGAGGGUUGUACAGAGCAGGAGGCCCAGCCAUGUGCAUUCAUUGGGAUAGGCAACAGUGAGCAGGAGAUGCAGCAACUCAAUCUGGAAGGGAAGCACUUCUGCACAGCUAAGACACUGUAUAUCAGUGACUCCGAUAAAAGGAAACACUUCAUGCUGACUGUGAAGAUGUUGUAUGGGAACAGCGCCAACAUAGGAGUCUUCCUCAGCAAGAGGAUCAAGGUCAUCUCCAAGCCAUCCAAGAAGAAACAGUCCUUGAAAAAUGCAGAUUUGUGCAUCGCUUCAGGGACUAAGGUGGCAUUGUUUAACCGUCUGCGUUCCCAGACGGUCAGCACCAGGUAUCUUCAUGUAGAAGGGGGGAACUUUCUUGCCAGCUCCCAACAGUGGGGAGCCUUCUACAUCCACCUCUUGGAUGAUGAGGAGUCCGAAGGAGAAGAGUUUGCUGUGAGAGAUGGCUAUAUUCACUAUGGCCAGACGGUCAAAUUGGUCUGUUCUGUUACUGGCAUGGCCCUGCCCAGACUGGUCAUUCGCAAAGUGGACAAGCAGGCUGCAUCAAUGGAUGCAGAUGACCCAGUGUCCCAGCUUCACAAGUGUGCCUUCUACCUGAAAGAUACAGACAGAAUGUAUCUCUGUCUCUCACAGGAGAGGAUCAUCCAGUUCCAGGCAACACAGUGCUCCAAAGAGUCUAACAAGGAGAUUGUUAACGAUGGCGCUUCCUGGACUAUCAUUAGCACUGACAAGGCGGAGUACACCUUUUAUGAGGGUAUGGGCCCCGUCCCCACACCGGUCACACCUGUCCCUGUGGUGGAAACUCUGCAGUUAAACGGUGGAGGAGAUGUGGCAAUGUUGGAGCUUACAGGACAGAACUUCACCCCUACCCUCCGAGUGUGGUUCGGAGAUGUAGAGGCUGAUACCAUGUACAGAUGUGGAGAAAGCGUCCUGUGUGUGGUGCCGGACAUUUCCGCCUUCAGGGAGGGCUGGCGUUGGGUGAGACAGCCGGUUCAGGUCCCGGUCACGCUGGUCCGCAAUGACGGAGUCAUCUACGCCACCGCUCUCACCUUCACCUACACCCCUGAACCAGGGCCCCGGCCCCACUGCAGUGCUGCUGGGGCCAUUCUGCGGACACAUAGCAUCUCUUCGUCGUCACCAGCAUCUUCAUCCUCGCCAUCAUCGUUGUUGGGCGGGCUCGGGGAUGGCCACGGGGCUUACAACAGUAGUGACUCGGGCUUGUCCUCAGCGGCGUCAGCCAUGUCGGUGCUGUCAUAGAAAUACUUAUUCUCUUAUAGAUGUUUUUGUACGUGCGCAUUGAAUGACUGAGUGUGUACUUGUGAGCCAAAGAGGCUCAUGGACCUGUGAAGAAUUGCACACAGACUUGGAAACUCUUCGUCAAAGAGAAACUGUGAUCAUCAAAGCUAAAGGGAGUUGGAAAAAGAGAAUGCUUGGGAUAGCUGAAUACUCUCUGUAGCUCCCUCUCCUGGUUUGUUGUGGACAUGUCAAAAGACCUUGAUAUUCAAGAUCUUCACCUAAGAAGACAAAUCUGCCACGUUACUCUCACAACAACCUGAUUUGUCCAAGAAC